CAGAUAUUAUUCAUGCGCCGCCACCCCACAGUCUUGAUGUCCUACUGUGUCCCAUGGCAGGUGGGAUUUUAUAGGCUCAGGAUCAGAAUCGAGAAAUCUCAAACAGUGCGAACCUACAAAGAAGUGAAUGAAGUGAGCAGCAGAGCUGGUUUUGAGAAUUCCACUGUGUCACUCACGAGCUUCCAAGAUCUGCAAUAUUAUGGCAGAAUUUCUAUCGGAACUCCUCCUCAGAAUUUCACUGUAGUCUUCGAUACAGGAUCGGCGAAUCUUUGGAUACCAUCGAUUAGAUGCAACACGUCGCAUCUGCCUUGCAUGAUUCACAACAAAUACGAUUCGUCUAAAUCAUCUACUUACACGGCCAAUGGAACCUCAUUUUCUAUUCGGUACGGCGAUGGCAGUGUGGAUGGCUUCCUGUCCCAGGACGAUCUCACAAUCGGCGAUUUGGUGAUCCGCGAUCAAGUAUUUGCCGAAGGUGUCGAAAUGCCUGGUGAUGCUUUCACUUUCACCAGAUUCGAUGGUGUUCUUGGGCUGGCCUAUGAAUCUCUGGCAGUGCGAGGAGUCACUCCGCCCUUCUACAAUAUGUACAAACAAGGACUAAUCGACAAUUAUGUGUUCUCCUUCUACAUCAAUCCCAACUCAGACGCCACGGAGGCUGGUCAGGUGAUAUUUGGCGGAUCAGAUCCGGAGCUUUACAGGGGCAACUUCACCUAUCUUCCCGUCAUCGAGAUGUUCCACUGGCAAUUCCACAUGGAUGCUGUUCUCGUGGGCAGCCAAGCGUUCUGCGAAGGAGGCUGCGAAGCUGUUGCAGACACAGGAACCAGUCUCAUUGGUGGACCAUCAGCAGAAAUUGCACGCAUUCACACACUUCUCGGCGCCGAACUGAAUCGAUUUGGGGAAUUUGAGGUCAAUUGCAGUAGUCUUCCUAAUUUGCCCAGCCUUCGCUUCAUCCUCGCUGGUCAGACAUUUGAAGUGCAAGCCAGGGAUUACUUUGCCGAGGUCAGAAUAUCAGCGACAUCAACCAUUUGCAUAUCUGGUUUAAUGGGAGCCGACAUUCCACCGCCAACUGGGCCUAUUUGGAUUCUCGGUGAUGUAUUUAUCAGACAAUUUUACACAGAAUUCGAUCUGGGAAACAAUCGUGUCGGAUUUGCAGAAGCCAUUUAACACAUGUCUUUUACGACUCUAUUGGUUUCUAUGUGCUUCUCAAGUAAAUGUUUAGCUCAAUUUGUGGGACAAUAAAGAAUGCAUUUCACGAACACUGAAUACGAAUAAUGCUUUUCUUCCUAUUCAAAUGCCAGACCGGCCAAAUUGACGAUGGAGAUUGUGCAAGUUUCCGCAGUGAGUCUCAGUUUCCUUGGUCAAUGUCAAGAUCAGGAGCACAUUUACGUAACUCUCAGUGUGAUAAAUCUCCCACAUUUGUUUGUCAGUCGACAAUCUGUAAACAUCAGAUUGGUGAAAAUAAAAAUGAACUAAAAUUUGGCAAAUAAAAUG